UGAUUGCUUACAUUUGAAUGUUUAAGGUGGACAAAAACAGACCAAACAACAGGUUCCCUUGAUGAAUCGUGUUAUUUUUGGGGAACAAAAUGAAUGCUUAAUCUACAGAAUGCUGAUCGGAAGUGUGUUCGGGUUAACUGUCGGGCUUGCUUUUUACGAAUUCAUUAUCUCUGGCAUAGCCUUCCAGCCAUCUACAGUGUUCACUCUAGGAGUCGUAUUCACCAUGUUACUGACUCUGGGUUGCUCUCUAUCUUCUCAGAUCAGAUGCAUAACAUUGUUGACGAUGCCUUCAUUCUUCGGAAAGUCAGGGAGACACAUUGUGAAGGCUCUGGUCAUUAGUGCACUGAUGUCUGGACCUGUUCCUAACAUCAUGGUCAAUGUUGAAGAGUUGAUGAGGAUGUUUACCUGUAGCAACUCCAUGGCUCAUAACCUCUCUCAGGCUAGAUAUGAUCUUCUUGUCAAACCUUUCAAGAUUGCCUUCUUGAACACCAAGGUUGAAUCAGAAGAACUUAAAGAUAUGAUGGGAUUUGUAAACAAUGUAGUAGAGCCGUUUGCUCAAGAGAUAGAGGGAGUUGAUGAUGUCAAAUUCAUCCAAGAAGAAAACGACUAUAUGGAUGAAGCAUUGAAUGACACAAAAAGAAGUGAAGAACUAGAAAAUAAAUAUUCUAAUAAUUUAAGCAGGAACAUGUUUGACAUUAUAAAAAAUGUGAACAAGUCAACAAGUUUUAAAGAGUAUGAAUUAAAUAAUACAGUAACUGCUGAGGAAUAUCAAAAACAAUACUUGAAGAAAUUGGAAACUAGAUGUGAAAAUGUUAAAACUGGUAUGGGAAAAGCUUGCAAGAAGCGAUUUUCUAAUUUCAAAGACAAAUGUGAAGAGGCGUUACACUGGGCAAUAUCUUGGGCCAUUUGUUGGCCUAUGAAAUUGGACGUCAUCUGUGAUAUAGUUAAAAUGUUUACUUAUGGAGGAUACGACUGUGACCCUUCAUCCGUAGUCAGUAGUUGUAUUGGAAAAGGAUACAUAGAUCUAAGAAAUGCACCUGAUAAACUUCAAAAUAAAGUUAUAGAAGAGCGUAUCCAGUAUAAACUAAUUAAGCCUCCUAACAUUGUUGGACUUCACUCAGUGGUUUCAAUUACAAAAGAAUUCAUUCAUGAAAUUUAUUUAAAAAAGACUUUAGCCGAUGCCUUCUUGACCAUUACGAGAACUUUUCUUGCUUUUUUGUUUAUAAUGGUAAUUUUCAGUGCCCAAACCUACCACAAUAACUACCUACGAUUCACAGACUAUGAUAACAUUUAUAUAACAGCAGAUUAUAGGGUUUUGGAUGCCCGACGCCGUAAACACAGCAAAUCAACACUGCUUCCACAGACCAAAGUCGAGAGAAGAUUGACAGCUGAUCCAUACAGUCUGUCACUGUCAAAGGCAGAAAAGUCUGGUUUGAACAAAGAGUUUUGGCUAAUAUGUGCUCUGAUACUUGUUUGCUCAAUUGUUCUUGGGAUUGAUUUCGCUCUGAGUGAAGCUUUGGAUUGGAUAAAAAACAAUUUGGAGUUCUCAUAUUCAGAACAAGGACAACACAAGUUUAAAAUUGAUGUUGAAGGAAUUGGGUUUGUAGCUUCCCUUGUUAGAUCAAUUAUCCAAAGUUUCAACUUUAACAAAGAACUGAAAGGAGAAGUCAGUAACAGAGCAUGUUUACCAGUUGCAAAGCAUCUUGGCAUGAAAGCCUACAUAAAAUUGUACGGAACUUGUAUUUUUUUAUGUCUUCUGACAUACUCUGAGGGGUACUUAAAAAGACUCAGAAGAGCCAUUUGUGCUUUCUACUAUCGUGAACAAGAGAAGAAAAGAAUUGAGACACUCUAUAGGAGAAACAUAUAUGAUAGAAGGAAAAUGCUCAAAGGACAAAUAGAAGAAAUAUUUAAGAGAGUGAAAAACAAUGAAACAAUGUAUAACGAAAGAUGUCUCUAUCGCAUCUGCACAAGCGUACCACAGCCUUGGAACUUUCCCUUGAGAGUCUUCUCUUCAGCUCGUCCAGUAUGUGUGAUCUGCGAGGAAAAUGAGCCAUUCCUUGUAUUCUGGAAACCUAAACACCACAAGUGUACAAAGUGUGAUUCUUACUGCUGUGUGGAAUGCUGGGUAAACUUUGGGAACAGCUGUUUUAAUUGUUCUGCAACCGAAAAGAUUGACUCUGAUCAAGCUCUCAGGCACUCUGUGACUUAUAGUUAAGCCUCGUUGUUUCACUUUCUAAUAGUGAAGUUUUGGAAAUAGUUUACUGUUUUAACUUUUUCUUGUUAAGAUAGUACUUGUA